AUGAGUUUGAUUUCUCAAAAUGUUGGCUCGAAAAAUAGAGUUAAACGUGCAAAUGUGGACGCUGAUGAGCCCGCUUUUUUGGAGGUGAAUAAUGAUGAUGAGGGUGGUAGAGAAUCUGAUUUGGCUGUGUCGAAGAAAAAGAAGAAACGGAAAGAAAGGGAUGAGCUGUUAGAGAAGCAGUUGGAAAUUGAAGAAGGAAAGGAAAUGAAGAAGUUGGAGAACUUCUUAUUUGGGUCCCUAUACUCUCCUGUUGAAUCUGGGAAAGAUGAAGAGGAAAAGAGUUCUCUUUCAUUCUUUGUGGACCGGUCUGUGGGUGGGGUGGAGCCUGAUUAUGAAGAGGAUGUGGAAUUGACUAAGGAAAGUGAUAUAGAAGAGGAACGGAAAGCUGUGUGGCUUGAUGAGGAAGAGGAGAAGACCAGAGUUAAUAUUGCUAAGGUUAAUAGAUUAAGAAAACUGAGGAAGGAUGAGGAUGAGAGUUUGAUUUCUGGUUCUCAGUAUGUUGCAAGGUUAAGGGCUCAGCAUGCUAAGAUGAAUCCUGGCACUGAUUGGGCCAGACCUGAUUCACAGUCUAGAAAGGAUGGUUUGUCUGCUGAUGAACUGUCUGAUGAAGAAAAUGGCAUAGUGUUGGCUCGUGGUUACAAGAAUGAUGAUGCUUUUGAUGAUAUUCUCCGAACUAAUGAAGAUCUUGUGGUGAAGAGCAGAACAAAGUUGUUGCCUGGUCUUCUUGAGUACUCAAGACUUGUGGAUGCAAAUGCUGAGGAUCCCUCCAACGGUCCAAUAAAUUCAGUUCAGUUCCAUCGGAAUGGUCAAUUGUUACUUGCAGCUGGAUUGGAUCGGAGGCUUAGGUUUUUUCAGAUUGAUGGUAAACGGAAUACCAAAAUACAAAGUAUCUUUAUUGAUGAUUGCCCCAUUAGAAAAGCAUCAUUCUUACCUGAUGGUUCUAAGGUUAUUAUAGCUGGAAGAAGAAAGUUCUUUUAUAGCUUUGAUUUAGUAAAAGCUAAAGUUGAUAAAAUUGGCCCACUUGUUGGAAGGGAGGAAAAGAGUUUAGAAGUUUUUGAGGUUUCCCCUGAUUCUAGUACGAUUGCUUUUGUGGGCAAUGAAGGUUAUAUCCUUUUGGUGUCAUCCAAAACAAAGGAACUAAUUGGGACUCUAAAGAUGAAUGGAACUGUUCGUUCUUUGGCUUUUGCUGAUGAUGGCCAGCAAUUAUUGAGCCAUGGCGGUGAUGGGCAGGUCUACCACUGGGACUUGAGGACAAGGGCUUGUAUCCACAAGGCUGUUGAUGAGGGUUGUAUUCAUGGCACAGCUCUUUGUACUUCACCAACAAGAAAUUUGUUUGCUGCUGGUUCAGACAGUGGUAUAGUAAAUGUUUACAAUAGAGAUGAGUUUUUAGGUGGGAAGAAAAAACCAAUCAAGGCAAUUGAGAAUUUGACCACCAAGGUGGACUUAUUGAAAUUUAACAAUGAUGGUCAAAUAUUGGCCAUUUGUUCGCACAUGAAGAAGAACAGUUUAAAAUUGAUACAUGUCCCAUCAUUUACUGUGUUUUCUAACUGGCCUCCAAUGAACAGUGCCCUGCAUUAUCCCCGCUGUUUGGAUUUCAGUCCUGGUGGAGGUUUCAUGGCCGUGGGAAAUGCUGCUGGAAAAGUUCUGUUAUACAAGUUACAUCAUUAUGACCAUGCAUAG